CAGAAGGAGUUCCAAGACUUGACAACAAAGCGGAGACCCACUCCGGGAACCCGAACAGCGGCGGCGCCGUUAUCGAUAAGAACGGGGCCGUCUUGCCGGCUGGUCCCAAAUAAGUCUAGUGAGGGGCACCCCCCACCAAAAAUUUCAUCCUCACCGAUGCGGUCGCCAUCCAAGGUACCUGUGUGCCUGCGUACAGUGACAAUCUCAUAGUCAAAAGCCUUGCGAAUAACCCAUACAAUCCAAGCUUCUUCGCAACAAACCCGCCACUCAGUCAUCGUAUCCCUGCAUUACAGCACAAUAUUUCAAGAUGGGAAAGAAGAGAGAGAGAGACGAGGCCAAGCCUGCGGAAGAUGUCCAGAUGGCCGACGAGAGCUCCGACGAUGAGGACUUUGAUGUCGUCAAUGUCGACUUUGAGUGGUUCAACUUUGACCCCGAGGUCGACUUCCAGGGCACCAAGACGCUCCUGCGCCAGCUGCUCGACGUCGACUCCACGCUCUUCGACAUCUCAGGCCUCGCCGACCUCAUCCUGUCCCAGCCGACCAUCGGCUCGACAGUCAAGGUCGACGGCAAGGAGAACGACGCCUACGCGCUCAUGACGGCGCUCAACGUCCAAGAGCACAGCCAGAAGCCCGCCAUGGCGGAGCUGGCAAAGUACAUAGUGGACAAGUCGCAGACGAACCCGGCCCUCGCCGCCGCCGUCCCGCGCGUCCUCAACGACAGCGGCACGCAGGUGGGCCUGGUGCUGACCGAGAGGCUCAUCAACAUGCCCUCGGAGAUCGCGCCGCCCAUGUACCGCAUGCUCGUCGACGAGAUCGAGGCCGCGGUCGAGGACAAGGAGCCCUACGAGUUCACGCACUACCUGAUCCUGUCCAAGACGUACCAGGAGAUUGAGUCGACGCUCACCGAGACGGAGAGGAAGGGGAAGAAGGCCAAGGCGGACACGGCGCUGUGGCACUUCCACCCCGAGGACGAAGUGUUUGUGAAGCACGCCGUGGCACACGGCUCCUUCCAGUUCACGAAUGAGGAGAAGGCGGUGGCGGACAGCAAACGUGCGUUCCAGGAGAUGGGCGUCAAGUCGCACGGCCACCUAAUCUUGAUUGAGGCUAGCAAGUGGGAGGGUACAGUGCAGGCAGUAGAGCAGUACCUGAGUGCAUCUCAAUAGAAAGGGGAAACCAGGAAAGAAAAAAGAAGAAACAUGAUUUUGAGCAA